GGGAGGGGGCUGAUAGAAAUGGGGGACAGGCAGAGGCGAGCGCCGCAGGCUAUGGAGCCACCAGGAGACGCAGGGAGAUGCUGAGCGCAGUGUGCACAGGACGCCCGCUCUAGCGGUCCGCACAGAUCUGCACUGGAGGCGGGGGAGGCGCAGCACCGGCUCCCGGGGACAGCACGGCGGCUCUUUGUUGCUCUCUGCCCGCUGACUGGAGCAGUUCUCACCGCCUUACAACUGGCACAGCCUGGGUGCACGCACUCGCCUCAAUGGAGGUGGGCUCAGAGGCUGAGGGUCUCCCCGGGCUGACGAGGGGGUAGCUGGAAGGGAGCCCGGGCUCUGCCGGGUGUUAGUGCUCCCCUGCUUGAUAAGACUGAGGAUCCGCCGCCUGGGACCCAAUCUCUGCAAUGGGAUGAAGAUGAGGUGGCACAAGAUGUUCCUGCUCCUUUGCAUGGCUGGACUUUGCGUAAUCUCUGUUCUCCACUUUCUGAAAGCCCUGUCAUAUGUUUCACUGUCAAAGGACUUGGUCUCUCUUAGUCCCAAUUUUAUUUCUGGCUUCUUUUGGGAGUCCCGGCCUUUGAUACCUCAACACAUAGAAAGGACAGAUGAUGGCACCCAGUUUCUACGCACUCCUGGCUACUAUCGACCACCUGAGGCUGCUAUUCAUCAACCUAGGCCUCCUCCUUCAGGGCACAGUCAAGGCGUUAUUAGCACAGAUGAAUUGCACCUAAAGGAAUUAAUUCUACAGGAAGAUACAACAGAGCAUUUUGUGAGAACUAAAUCUGGUGGUUUAUGUUUCAAAUCGGGAACAAAGUCACUAGACCGCUUGCCUUCUGAGAAACCAGAACGUUCCUCUCAACGUAAGGUAUCUCCUAGUAUUUCUCGUCAGUCACAGCAGCAAAUACAGAAACGGAGGAAAUGGGUGGAAUGUGUUUGUUUACCAGGCUGGCAUGGACCUAGUUGUGGGGUGCCAACAGUUGUCCAGCACUCCAAUCUGCCCACAAAGGAUCGAUUAACACCACGAUUGAAACCACGUCGUGUUGUCAACGCCAUCAAUAUAAAUCACGAGUUUGAUCUGUUGGAGGCACGUUUCCGGGAGCUGGAGGGGGCUGUGGAUGUUUUCUUAAUAUGUGAAUCAAACUUUACAGCAUAUGGGGAGCCACGUCCCCUCAUAUUCCGCCAAAUGCUUCUUAAUGGAACGUUUGACUACAUUAAAUCCAAAGUGGUCUAUGUAUUCCUGGACCAUUUUCCUGAAGGUGGGAAACAAGAUGGGUGGAUAGCAGAUGAUUAUCUGCGGACAUUUUUGACUCACAAUGGGAUUAGUCGUCUACGCAACUUGCGAGAUGAUGACCUUUUCAUUAUAGACGAUGCAGAUGAGAUUCCCAGCAGGGAAGGAGUGCUAUUUCUUAAGCUUUAUGAUGGGUGGACGGAGCCCAUUGCUUUUCAUAUGCGCAAAUCACUCUAUGGCUUCUUUUGGAAACAGCCAGGGACCUUGGAAGUGAUUUCAGGUUGUACCAUUGGAAUGCUUCGUACUGUAUAUGGCACAGACGGUAUCCGCCUGCGCCGACGGGAGUAUUACACUAUGCCCAACUUCCGUCAAUAUGAAAAUAAAACUGGUCACAUUUUGGUUCAGUGGUCUGUGGGUAGCCCUUUACAUUUUGCUGGCUGGCACUGCUCCUGGUGCUUUCCUCCAGAAGGAAUUAAUUUUAAGCUGAUCUCUGCGCAGAAUGGGGAUUUUCCACGAUGGGGUGACUAUGAAGACAAAAGAGACCUAAACUACAUCAGGUGGCUUAUAAAGACUGGGGGUUGGUUCGAUGGAACCAAGCAAGAGUACCCAGAAGCCGACCCCCAUGAGCACAUGUAUGCUCCUAAAUGCAUCAUGGAAAACCCCCAACGAUUUGGCUACUUAAUUAAAAAUCCAUAUAGCUAAAGUGAAUGGUGAGGGAUGUGGUUAAAAACGAUGUAAUUCUCCUUCAGCCACUUGAACUCUUCAUUUAGAAUUUGUUUUUGCUUGUUCUUUUUCUCCCUUGUGAAUCCACUGGAAAUGAGAUUUACCACUAACCAAAAGGGAGCCAUGAAGAAAACCCCUCUGAAGCUAGCGUGCUUAGUAGGAUGGGUGUUGUCCUUUUUGGGUUGUUACUAAGGGAAUUGGUUUCUCAGGAGAUUGAUAGUGGCGAGCGCUCUCCCACCAAGUGGUAUUUCAGCAGUAAUAUUCCGACCUGUUCGAUGCCUGUGCAGCUGUUGAUGCAACAUUGCAUGUUUACAUGUCUUUCCAAUGAGCCCUUUUUAUGUUGCAGGGAAUAAGAAAUGCUUCGCUGGCCCCUGUGGCAAGGAAAAGGUUACUGAUCAUGCUGCAUAUACAUUACUUGAGUAUGACUAUGCACUUCCAGGUCCAUAUGCAUGCCAACAUGCUGUUAGGAAAAAAACAAAACAAAAAGGCUUUUAGUGAAGGUCUGUAAUUUCCAAGCAACACUCCCUGGCAUUCAGUGGGAUAUAAUUUAUUAACCCUUCAUAGCAUGAACAUGGAAAUACAUUGUGGUACUCUUCUGUCACAUGAUCACGUCUUUUGGAGGGUUAAAUAUGUUAUAUUGCUGUAGCUUCAUAAGCUUUAGUGCCAAUGCGUUGUAGAGCCUGGAAGAACAGUAUAAUAAUGGUAAGAAUGAAGGUAUAAUGCACUUUUUUUGGGGGGCCCUGCAGUAACGUGGCACUUUUUUGAGUUGCAAAUUAUUCUUCUGCCGAAUGUUAAACUGAGUAUUUUGCCCAGAGCCUGGUCACCUUCUACCAGGCAGCGUUCCUGUGGGAUUAUUGGGGGGAAAAGGCAUACGAAAAAGAUAAACUUUUUGGAUGUUGCAUUAAGCAGGGGUCACUGGCGGGUGGAGAUCUGUCUUCUGUAUGUUUUGCUGUUCAUUUAGCUAUGGUUCCUGGAGAGCAUAGAGCUGGAGCACCUUUUCUAAAUUACGUGCUCAAUUAUUAUCACACGUUUAACGUGACUUACAAAGUUCAGAUGUCACCAUGAACAGCCUGAACAGAUGACCUUCAUGAUAUGAUGGCGGUCAGAAUAAGCACACCAGGCGUUACUGGAAGUAAUGUCUCUGACGGCUUGGCACUUUUUCAGAAAUUGCUAUGAACUAAUGGAAGCCUUCUAGGCACUGUAUCAAUGUGGAUGAAAUAAAGAGAAUAGAUGAUAUAUUAUUCCCUAUAAAGGGAUUUUUUGUUUUGUUUGCAAGGUUGGGGGCUAAUAAAAGGGAACUAUCUGAAAUACUUUGCUCAUAUCGGAGUGUUGGGCUCAUCGAUUAUUGGUUCACCAGUUGUGAAUUAAUUGCUGCACUGUAGAGGCCACAACACAGGGAAGACCUGAUUCAUUGAGCCACAAGUGCUUUGAUUGAGGCCCCCGGUGUCAAUGUUGUCAUGAUACAUGGUGUGGGCAUUAUUACUGGUAUAACUGACUACUAUGUACACUACUAAGUGGAGAUAUCAGAUAGUAUUGGGUUUAACCAUCUAGCUUGGCAUUAAGGGUUCACCUUGCCUUUUCUUAUCUACCUCCCUGGUUCUGUUUUGUGUUUAUGUACUGAAAAUUCAGUUUUUAGUUAUUUUUUUUAUAAUGCCGUGAUAUACAUUCCUCAUUCAGUAGCAUGUGACUGGUAAACUGGACCAACACCUAAAAACCAUAGCAAUGCUGUGAAACUAGCUUUUGCUAUUCAUUUAUGAUCACUCCAG